CAAGCUCACUAGACACGCACAUUGCUUGGUGACCUUCCCUUUCCUUCCCUUCCCUUCCCUUCUCUUCCCCGUCUGUCUCAUUGUGAUCUCCGCAUCUCACCAGAAGCUUCUUCUUCCCCAUCUUGUGUCUACAAUUUUGUUUCUUAAGCAACUUACGGGAACCCACGAUCCAUUCUCUGUCUCAAAAAUCAAAUGCGGAUCCGGCAAUGGGAAAGGCUAGCCAUGCCGCUGUUGGAGCAAACACCAGCUCAGCUUCUAUCCCCGCAGGCUAACCAAAUCACGCAGAAGAUAUCCACAUGGUGAUGAUUGACGAUGAAGAGGCGGCCAUACCAUAUAUAGAUAUAGCACAGAGAUAUGGUCGACCGAUUCCUUUCCUGUUUCGGGUGGGAAGGAAGACGGAGACAACAAUGGGGUGGACUUUGAUUGACUAUAUUCCCGGUUUAGGUUAUUGGUUGUAGCUCCGGCAAAAUCUCCCAAAUUCCAUCGCCAAUUCACAAGUCACAACCUUUCAUCCAUCCAAUUUGCCUAAUAUUUUGUCCCCUCGACUGCAAUCUCGGAACUGUCUAUUUCUCUCUCUCUCUCUCUCUCUCUCUCGCGACGCAAUGACAGAAAAAUAAGGGUUUCGCUUCGUUUCAGCUCUAUUCUCUCUCUGCGUCGCUCGCGCCUCAAUAUUUCCCUUCCUUUCUCCCGCUUUUCUCGAUCGCCAGACCGAAGGGAAGCCCUCUUCAGGGGGGGCUAAUGGCUUUGUCCACCACCAUGUCGCUAAAUCUUCCGUCCUUGUUGCCUUUCCCGGAAAAUAUUUUCACGGGGGACGCUUUGAGCCCGCCUGGAGUUUCCUUUUGCAUUUUGCUUCUUCUAUCUCUUUCAAGGCCAUUAAUUUGUUUGAUUUGUUGAUCUGGGAGGAUUGAUGGAUUGGCGGGGCCGAGGGAGGGGAAAUUACAUCUCAAUGGUAUUAUGUAGCUAUGCAUAUGGGAGAGGGGAUUCAAGAGCGCGUACAUCUUAAUUUGUUUGCAUUCUUUAUUUUUUCUAUUUUAUGAUUGUUGCGAUUAAAUUCAGUUUGGCGUUGGUUUUGAAUGCGUAUGACUGUUAUGGAUUUCAAUACUUCAGCAAGUUCGGACAAAUGUUGUGAUUGUGCAUGUAGUUCUUCAACCAUGGGCCGGUCCCUUUAUGGGACUUGGUUUCGGUCGGUGAAGAGGAAAUUUGAUGAGGUUGAGGAAGACGAAAAUAGGCUAGUUAUUCCUGGAUUGGAUUUUCCACACGUUGCUCGAGUUGAAACUGAGAAUGAGCGUGAUGCAUUGCGCGAGAUGGUUAACAGCCAGCAGCAAACCAUACAGGAUCUAAUACUUGAAUUGGAGGAGGAGCGGAAUGCUGCCUCCACAGCUGCAAAUGAAGCCAUGUCAAUGAUCUUAAGGUUGCAGAGGGAGAAGGCUGAAAUUCAGAUGGAGGCCCGCCAAUUUAAGCGGUUAACUGAGGAAAAGAUGGCACAUGAUCAACAGGAGCUCUCAGCUUUGGAGGAUUUGUUGUAUAAGAGAGAGCAGGCUAUUCAAUCUCUCUAUUGUGAGGUGCAGGCUUACAAACAUAGAAUGCUUAGCUUUGGGCUUACGGAGUCAGAGAUAGACGUGGGACGUGCCAUGAGCCAAAAUAAUAGUUUGGCUGGAAACCUUGAUUCCCAGCCUGAAUUCCCACCCUAUAAUUAUCCUCCACUCAAGUGCAAUUCGAAUGAAAACCAAGGUCAUUUUGAAGUUGACAAUGAUGUGGUUGAUGUUGAGAAAUAUGCAUUUGGAGAGACUCCCCGUUCUCUGGAUCAUUUAAAAGAUUUGGACUACAGGAUCAAUCAAUUGGAGAGAACUCCAAGGCAUAUUCCACUAGAUGGGGAUGUUUCUAGUGCAAAGAGUGUGUUUGAAAAGGUUAUAGUUGGCCAGUCUCCUCGUCCGCCUAGGCAUUUUCGGAGAUUCUCCACUGAGAGUUCAACUUCAUUCUUUGCAACUGCUAAAGAAAUUGGUCAAUAUUUUGCUGCUGACUCACCAAGAUUUGCUGGCAGUUUCCGGAAGAUGGAAUGCUCACAGACAGAGGACUUCUCAAACUUGAGAAAGGUGGAUAAUGUAUCAGAAGCAGGAGAUGACCUUAGUGACAGAAUAUAUACCAUUGAUUCUGUUCAAGGAAUAACGUACAAUGGUUUCUCAGAGAGUAAGCCUACCAUUGGAGCAAGUGAAGAUUAUUUAACUACUCCAAGGCAGUCAAUGAUCCAAGCAGAUGCAGGAGAUCCUGAAAUCACGAAGUUGUACAUGAGGCUUCAGGCACUUGAGGCUGAUAGAGAAUCAAUGAGGCAGGCACUCAUUUCCAUGCGGACUGACAAAGCUCAACUUGUUUUAUUGAAGGAGAUAGCUCAAAAUUUGUGUAAAGAAAUGUCCCCAGCAAAAAGUAUGCCUUUGAAGAAGCAAUCUCUUUAUGGAAGGUUGUCCUUCACAUCAGUGUUUAAGUGGAUUGUAUCAUUUGUCCUGUGGAGAAAGAAAGCACUUCGAAGCAAGUACAUGUUUGGGAUGUCGACCAACAAUGCAGGCUUGUUAAUACUUUUAGACAAGGGUCCUCGCAUUGGGCAAUGGAGAUGUCUUUCAAGUACGCGAGUAUGAGACAUUCUUGAUUGUAUGAAGCCGCUGCUACAUGACCACUAACUUCUUCCAGAUCACGAUACACCUUAAUUUGGGUUUCCGUUUCCUGUUCUUGAUUCCUUGUUGCCAUAUAUAGACAUGGAUGUUGUGCUGUGUUUUUCAAAUUCUUGUUGACAGGAUUGAAUAUUUUCCGGUUGAUGGCUAAAACAUUGAUCGACGAUGAUGUGGUAGAAGCCAGCACAGGUUUGCAUGCUUGUAAGUUAUGUAUAGUACUGAUUCAUCAUGUAUGAUUGAUUGAUUCUCCAGCCAAUGGGUUAGGUUGUGCCUAUUGCUGUUUCUUGUUGAAUAGCACUCAAUCUGUAAUUGAUGCAGGGUUGGUUAUGGGAAUCUGUUUGUGAGCUUAUACUGUAUAUUUCUAUUUCAAUUUCAUUUUUUCUUUAUUUGGACGGCCCUAUUGGAGAUGAGACAUUGCGAUGCUAUACGAAGGCUCUGAAGUUGUAAAUUUUGAUGAUUUUCAUGAGAUUAUUUGUAAGGCCCACUUGUACAAUAAUCAUAUCAAUAAUAUCAUAUUGGAAAUGUGAAAUUUACUCGUUCUAUGUAA